AUGCGGUCGACCAGCAGUUUGAGGGUAGACGGCGGCCCCAGCGACCCAAGCCAGAUUAUGAAUACUCUUACUGAGUGCUAUGCGCCGGAAGACUUCGACGAGGCCUCGUCUCUGCUGAUCUGCAACUUUCCGCCCGGCUGUAAUCCCUUUACGGCACGAAACUACAUUACCUGGUGGGGACCAGUUAUUCGAAUCGAGCGUGCCCCGUCAGUGAGCCAAGAGGCGAACUUCGUUGUCGUUUUCGCCGCGCCCGAGUUCGCGCAGAAGGUGCUCGACUGCGGCCCGAUCGUCUACGAUGAUGGAAAGACGAUGCUGUAUAGUCGCAGAGUCGACGACAGAGUCACAGUGUGGAAGAAGCUUUCUGACUACUGGACUGGGCCGCAGGAGUCAACCAGCAUCGGCCAGUUGACAGGGGACGGAGUGAACUACCAGGAGUGCGCAGGAGCCGGGAGGUGA